CGUGUUUCUUAAGCCAGAGGCCCGGAGCUCACAUCAACAGCGGAAUCAUCAUAAUUCCAAAAGGCUACGUUUUUAGUUGUUUACUCCAUUUCUUUCUCGGAUGGUGUUGUUCUAUAAGCUUGUUUAUAACAAUUCCAAUAUCGAUCCGCCAUUAAUACGGAAAUCUACUAGGAUUCUUUCAUCUUCGUCGCUGUACAGUGUAGUUGAUCUGAAACGCUAAUGUUUCGAUUCGAGCUUCUCGUUUGCAGAGCUUGAAGUGUAAAACUGUGUUUUGAUCGGUUACCAUGGUUUGGGAUCUAUUUCUUUGGUUAAUCUCUUUCUUCGUUUCUAUGGCGCUCCUCGCAGUGGUCAUUUAUCAGCUUAUUUGCUUGUCGGAUUUGGAAUAUGACUGUAUAAAUCCAUAUGAUUCAUCAUCUCGCAUUAAUGCGGUGGUUAUCCCUGAGUUCAUCGUGCAAGGAACGUUAUGUGCUCUUUACCUCGUGACAUGGCAUUGGUUCAUGUUCCUGAUAACAGCACCUGUUAUGUACUAUCAUAUAAGAUU